GUUCGGCACUCCUGCUCCCAGUCGCUGGCUGGUGAUUGCAGCAGCUGCGACAGGGAGAGAAUGACCCUGCCGGAAUCGCAGGGCACUCGAGGAGGUGCUCUGGCGAGGGCAUCACGCUCCUCCCACAAGCAAACCUCCGGAAGCCUCCAGGCCGGCUCUUAGGCUCUCAAACUUUAUCGUGCUUCCGGACACCACUCUACGAUCCGGACACUUCAAAAAGGAGGAAUCUGAAGGACGCCGGCCAUGAGCAGCCCGAGCAGCUGGCGGCGGGCAGCCACCGUGAUGUUGGCCGCGGGCUGGGCUCACUCGAGCCCCGCCGGCUUCCGGCUGCUGCUUCUCCAGCGAGCGCAAAACCAGCGCUUCAUGCCCGGCGCGCACGUCUUCCCGGGCGGCGUGCUGGACGCGGCCGACCGCUCGCCCGACUGGGUGAGUCUGUUCGCGCCUCGGCACACGCCGCCCCGUUUCGGCCUAGGCCCGGAGCCGCCUCGGCAAGCCCCCUUCCCCGGGCUGUUCCACGACGACGCGGACCCUGCGGCGCUGCCUGAUGACGUGGCGCUGCGCAUCUGCGCCAUCCGCGAGGCCUUCGAAGAGGCGGGGGUGCUGCUGCUGAGGCCGCGGGACUCGGCGCCGGCUUCUCAGGAGCCGGGUCUGGCGCUGUCGCCUCCGGCAGGCCUAGCGGACUGGCGCUCGCGCGUGCGCAGUGACCCGCGCUGCUUCCUCCAGCUGUGCGCGCAUCUGGACUGCACGCCGGACAUCUGGGCGCUGCACGACUGGGGCGGCUGGCUCACGCCCCACGGGCGAAGCAACCGCCGCUUCGACACCACCUUCCUCCUGUGCUGCCUGCGCGAGACCCCGCGCGUGGAGCCCGACCUGGCCGAGGUGGUGGGCUACAAGUGGUUGUCCCCAUCAGAGGCAACUGAAUGUUUCCUAUCAAAAGAAAUCUGGCUGGCACCACCACAGUUCUAUGAAGUGAGAAGACUUGAAGAAUUUGCCUCUCUCUCUGCUCUGUAUAGAUUUUGUACGGAUCACCCAUUACAAGUAGCUGAGAAAUGGCUGCCAAUCAUAUUUUUAACUUCCGAUGCCUCCAUCCAUCUUCUCCCAGGAGAUGAGCUGUACAUGAAGGACUCAGACUUCUUAGAAAAGAAUAUGUCUACUGACAAAAAGACUGAAGAAAUCUUGAAGGAAGGCAAAGUACUUAACCGACUUGUGAUCCACAGUCCACAUGUCUACGAAAUCUACAUUACUCUUCCGUCAAAGAAUAAGCACGUGUACCCUAAGAACUACAUAGUGCCUAAGAGCCAUACUUCCCACCUGUAAGCUGCACUACUUAGGUACUGUUAGCAAAUAAUGAGAAUCAACCGAACCUGUCUAAAAUCUAAGGAAUGUGCCCAUAAAAGUCACUAUGCGGUGUUA